AUGGACAACGUGACAUUUAAAAACAAAAUUCUGUUAGUGGAGGGACUGAAAGUUACACCCGAGUCUUCCUAUCCUCUUUUCAUUCUUCUUCUUUUAGUUUAUGCAUUUAUAAUAGUAUCAAACAUUGGAAUUAUUAUUCUGAUCUCGACAGACAGGAAUCUACAUGACCCUAUGCACUUUCUGUAUUGUAAUCUGCCACUGAAUGAUAUAAUGGGGACCACUGUAGUGUUGCCACGCUUACUGCUGGAUAUUUUAAGGGAGUCCUCAGAACGCUAUAUAACAUAUGUGGAGUGUGUUAUUCAAACUAUGUUUGUACACGUAUUUGGCACAGCAUGCCACACUGUGUUGAUGAUAGGCCUUACUCUGCGUCUGUCUCACUGCAGAUAUAAAAUUGAAAAUCCUUUCUGUGACAAUGCCUCACUGUUUAAACUGUCCUGCGACAAGGGUGUGAUUAUUAAUAAUGUGGUAGGAAUCAUUAGUACUGUGAUAAUGUUUUCCUCCUCACUUGGAUCUAUAUGUGUAUCGUAUGUCAAGAUUGCUAUUGUGUGCAUGACUAGUAAAAACAAAGCACUCAACAGCAAAGCUAUAAAAACCUGCAGCACUCAUUUAGCUGUUUAUUUGAUCAUGAUUGUUUCAGGCGCUGUCAUGGUUUUUCUCCAUCGUGUUCCUGAAUACUCUGAAAACAGAAAACUAGCUAGUAUAAUGUUUCAUAUUGUACCACCAGGAUUAAAUCCUUUAGUGUAUGGUUUACAGACCAAAGAGAUAAGACAGAAGUUGAUAAAAAUUUGGGGUAGAAACAAAAUUAAUGUUAAUGGAAUGUAG